AUGGUCAAGAUAAAUACAAUUUGUAGAUCUUCAAACGAUUACGUUCGUGAAACUAAAUACGAUAUAACUAAAGUUUAAAGAAACUCAAAUCCCACUCUUCAUUAGUUCCAAAAAGCUCGUGAACAUUAAAGAGCUUUAGUUGCUACUAAAUUAGAUAAAAUGUUUGCCAAACCCUUUUUGGGAUGCUUAACUGGACACUCUGAUUCAAUUUCAGUUAUUACUAAAUGCCCAAAUAGUUUAGUUAAGGUUAUUUCAGGUACUUUUGAUGGUGAAUUAAGAGCUUGGGACAUUUCUGAGCGUAAAACUCUUUUUUCUCUAAAUGCUCAUAAAUAAUCUGUUAAAGGUGUUUCUUUCUCUAGAGAUGGUUAAAGAUUUUUAUCAAGUGGUGCUGAUAAUAUUAUUAAUCUUUAUGAUUUCUAAGAUUAAUUGAAUAAUCCAGAUAGAGAUCCUUUAAACGUAUUCUAUAGCAAGCAUGUGUUAGGUAAUGUUGACCAUUGCUGGAAAGGAGAUAAUUUUGUCACAAGCGGUGGUGUAGUUUAAGUUUGGAAUUAUGAAAGAUCUAAACCAGUUUAGAGUUUCGAAUGGGGUAUUGAUACUGUACUUAAGGUUAAAUACAAUCCUUCCUAAUUCAACUUAAUCGCUGGUACUGGUAUUGAUAGAAGUGUCGUUCUUUAUGAUACCAGAGGAGAUACUGCUAUUCAAAAAAUAUUUCUUUCUAAUAAAUGCUAAACAAUUUGCUGGAAUCCUACUGAACCUGUUAACUUAAUUGUAGGUUGUGAUGAUGGUAAUUGCUACAGCUUUGAUAUGCGUAAAAUGGAAUAAGCUAAAAUGAUUCACAAAGAUCAUAUUGGUGCUGUCAUGGAUCUAGAUAUUGCCCCUACUGGCCGCAAAUUUGUAACAGGAAGUUAUGAUAAAACAAUUCGUAUUUUCGAUGUUGAAAAAGGCAAAAGUGAAGAAAUUUAUCACACAAAAAGAAUGCAUUAAAUAUUUUCAGUCUGCUGGUCUAUGGAUAACUAAUUUAUAUUAAGUGGAUCUGAUGAUAUGAAUAUCAGAAUCUGGAAAGCUAAAGCAAGCCAAUAACUUGGUGUUGUUGAUAAAAGACUUUAAAACUCCUUGAAUUAUAGAGAAGCACUUAAAGAUAAGUUUAAAUACAACUAAGAUAUAAACAAAGUAUAGCGUAAACAACAUCUUCCUAAAUAUAUUUAGAAUGCCAAAAGAAGAAAAUAAGAAUAAAAAUAAGCUAAACACAGAAAGUAAUAAAAUAUGGAAUUAAAUAAUGUUCAGCAACUCUCUGCACCUAAACCAGAACGUACUAAAAAAGUAGAAAAAGUAGAAAUUACAAAUAAUUGA